CCGCGCGUUCCGCCCGCCCGGGAGCCUCGCGCCCUCCUCCACGAUGAGCAAAUGAGCGCGAGCGAGGGCAUGAAAUUUAAAUUCCACUCUGGGGAGAAAGUGCUGUGCUUCGAGCCCGACCCCACCAAGGCGCGAGUGCUGUACGAUGCGAAGAUCGUCGAUGUUAUUGUUGGGAAAGACGAAAAAGGUAGAAAGAUCCCAGAAUAUCUGAUCCAUUUUAAUGGUUGGAACAGAAGCUGGGAUAGGUGGGCAGCUGAAGAUCACGUGCUUUGUGAUACAGAUGAAAAUCGCAGAUUACAGCGGAAAUUGGCAAGAAAGGCAGUAGCUCUCCUGAGAAACACGGGAAAAAAGAAAAAACGUUGCAGGUUACCUGGUGUUGACUCUGUCUUAAAAAGCCUUCCUGUUGAAGACAAAAAUGAAAAGGGUAAAAACUCUAUAAGCAGUUCUUCUAAUGACAGUGGUGAAGAAAAGGAUGAAGAAAUAAGUGGUGAAGAAAGUGAUAUUGAAGAAAAGACUGAAGUGAAAGCAGAACUGAAGCAGCAGACAAGAAGGGAAAUGGAAGAAAGAUCAAUCACUAUAGACAUCCCUGACGUUCUCAAAAAGCAGCUUGAGGAUGAUUGCUACUAUGUUAACAGGCGGAAACGGUUAGUGAAACUUCCAUGCCAGACCAACAUCAUCACUAUCUUAGAAUCCUAUGUGAAGCAUUUUGCUAUCAAUGCAGCCUUUUCAGCCAAUGAGAGACCUCGUCACCAUCACGCUAUGAUGCAUGCCCACAUGAAUGUGCAUUAUAUCCCAGCAGAAAAGAAUGUUGACCUCUGUAAAGAGAUGGUUGAUGGGUUAAGAAUAACCUUUGAUUAUACUCUCCCAUUGGUUUUGCUCUACCCGUAUGAACAAGCUCAGUAUAAAAAGGUGACAUCAUCUAAAUUUUUCCUUCCGAUUAAGGAGAGUGCCACCAACACGAGCAGGAGCCAGGAGGAGCUUUCUCCUAGCCCACCUUUGUUGAAUCCAUCCACACCACAAUCCACUGAGAGCCAGCCUACCUCUGGUGAACCAGCCACUCCCAAGAGACGCAAAGCUGAGCCCGAAGCAUUGCAGUCUCUGCGGCGUUCUACACGCCACAGCACCAACUGUGACAGGCUGUCUGAGAGCAGCACAUCACCUCAGCCCAAGCGCCGGCAGCAGGACACAUCUUCCAGCAUGCCCAAGCUGUUCCUGCACUUGGAAAAGAAGACACCUGUGCAUAGUAGGUCAUCUUCUCCGAUUCCUCUGACUCCAAGUAAGGAAGGAAGUGCUGUGUUUGCUGGCUUUGAAGGACGAAGAACUAAUGAAAUAAAUGAGGUCCUCUCUUGGAAGCUUGUGCCGGAUAAUUACCCCCCUGGAGAUCAGCCACCUCCCCCCUCUCAUAUUUAUGGGGCACAACAUCUGCUGAGAUUGUUUGUGAAACUUCCAGGAAUCCUUGGAAAGAUGUCCUUCUCUGAGAAGAAUUUGAAGGCUUUACUGAAGCACUUUGAUCUCUUUCUGAGGUUUUUAGCAGAAUACCACGAUGACUUCUUUCCAGAAUCAGCUUAUGUUGCUGCCUGUGAGGCACACUACAGCACCAAGAACCCCAGGGCAAUUUAUUAAAGUUUUGAUGGUUCUGUAAGAACAGCUGUUCUGUCUGGCUUUGUGCUUGGGUUCCAUCCAGGUGAAGAACCAAUGAAAUGAUUGGCCCUCUUUCCAGAUAGUGCAAACAGGCCCACUCAGGGUACUGUGAAAGAAACAAACUUGGUUAUUUGAGUUACUCACAUAUAGUAGUUAUUUGUGUUAUUAAUUACUUUCCGAACUGGAUGUAGUGGAACUUGUUUGUCAUCUCAACGUUGGGGAAGCAGAGGUAGGAGGAUCAUAAGUUAGAGAUCAGCCCAUAGUAAUACUCUGUCCCCAAGAUGAGUGAAAGAAUUACUAAAUAUCAAUUACAGUGAUCAUAAUUACUUCUGGGUGCCUGAACAUAUUUCUAUAUAAAACUUGCUGCUACAGAGUCUUUCUGUGAUACCAGGAUAUAAACAACUGUAGCUGUGUCCAUAGAGAAACACUCAUGAAAAUUGGCUUAGGACAGGCUAUUUUGGUAGAUAUUUCAGUUGAUUUUCAGCAAGAACCACAUUGUUUAGUUAUUUGUUAGCAUUAAACAAAUGUUUUUGAAACCUUUCCAUUCAUGUGGUGAGACUUAAGAACUUUGUUCAAUAAUGUUUAGUUUCUACUUGGAUACCAUAAAGUAAUCUCAAAGUAUUUUAGAGAAAAUUGCUACUGAUGACAAAAGAUGAUGUACAGGUAUACAUUGCUUAUAAUAUCCAUGAAAUAUAUUUUUUUGGUCAUCUAAAUAAAGCAUGGUCUGUUUUGUUUAAUAUUUUACAGCUAUACUUGGCCUUUUAACAUUACAGUUCCUUUUCUAUAAAAUAUUAUUUUGGUGAUUUAAAUAAAGCAUUGCUUGUUUGAAAGAAUUAAGAAAAGGUUUUGCUAUGGCCUUUCCCUGUUCUCUUUACUGUAGAGUACCAGAGGGGUAACCUUUUCCUGCAUGACUUCUCAUUUCAGUUAUUUUUCCUUUGUACCUUUAUGUCCUUCCCUUUUCUUUGGCCUCACUUGGCGGCACAACCAGAUGGUGAUGUUAGAAGUUACCUUGGCUCUUUGCUGACUUGCUGCUGUACUAUGGGCUCUGCUGGGCUUGAUACCAGUUUAUCCUCUUCCAGGAUCAUCAGCUGACAGUCUCUGCAGUCAUUCUUUUAACCCUCAUUUCCAUGACUCACAUGCCUUCCCUUCCCAUGCUUUAAAAAGCUCUAACUGGCUGGAAAGGAUUCCAGAACCAAAAAGCAUUGAAUGUAAUACUUGUGUUUUCUUAUCCUUCACCUCAGUUGACCUUAACUUCCAAAAGCCACUGGGGAACAAGGGAUUUUAACUACAAAUGGUCCCAUCAAACAGUGCCUUGUGCCUGCACUGUUCAAUAUGGUUUGCUAUCACAAGAAAGCAUGAGUAGAUAUCCUCUGCAUUUAUUGACUAAGAGAGACUCAAAUUGGUGAGAACCAAUUUGGAACAGUCAUCAAGCUCAUGGUAGGGAUGAUGAUGAAUCUUCAUUGUCAACUUGACUGGAUUUAGAAUCAUCAUCAAAAUAUACCUCUGGGUAUAUCUACAAUAGUAUUUUCAGAAAAGUUUUAGCUUGAAAGACCCACUGUAAAUGUGCACAAUACCAUCCCAUGUCCUGGAGUCCUAUAGACUGCUUCCUGACUGUGUAUGCAAUGAACAGCUACUUGACUGUCCUGCUACAAUGCCUUGCCUGUCAUGAUUGACUGUAUACUCAAACUGUGAGACAAAAUGAACUUUUUUGUUGUUGG